UUUUAGGAUAGUUUGCUGAUUGUGACAACGUGACAGUUACCCAGAUCAGUGUUAUGCAAUGCUUACAACCUGCCCUCAAAAACUCAAGGUUCAGCAGCAGUUAGCGAUCAGUGUAAGCCAAAGUAGUCUUCUCUUUCACUGUCCAGAUAUACAUUGAGAAUCGGUAAAGAUGGGUGACUGGGGCUUCCUGUCCUCUCUCCUGGACAAGGUCCAGACCCACUCCACCGUGAUCGGCAAGGUGUGGCUGAGUGUCCUUUUCCUGUUCAGGAUCAUGGUCCUGGGGGCCGGAGCGGAAAGCGUCUGGGGCGACGAGCAGUCCAGCAUGAUCUGCAACACCAAGCAGCCCGGUUGCGAGAACGUGUGCUACGACCACGCCUUCCCCAUCUCGCACAUCCGCUUCUGGGUCCUCCAGAUCAUCUUUGUUUCCACGCCGACGCUGGUCUACCUUGGCCACGUUUUCCACAUCAUCCACAAGGAGAACAAGCUGAGGGAGCGUCUCAAUGCCAACACGACUGGUGAGCGUCGGAAAGCCCCCAAGUACAGUGAUGAGAAAGGACAUGUCAAAAUCAAGGGAAACCUCCUGGCCAGUUACAUGACGACCAUUUUCUUCAGGAUCGUUCUAGAACUGGCCUUCAUCAUUGGCCAGUACUAUCUCUACGGCUUCAUCAUGGUUCCCAUGUUCCCUUGCUCCAGGGCACCCUGCCCCUUCACUGUGGAGUGCUACAUGUCCCGGCCCACAGAGAAGACCAUCUUCAUCAUCUUCAUGCUGGUGGUGGCGUGUGUGUCCCUGCUGAUGAACGUCGUUGAGGUCUUCUACCUGCUGUGCACUCGGGUGAGAUGUGGUAAAUCCAAGAGAGGAACGCACCACAUCAACUCGUUGGAGAACCCGGCAAGCCUGUCUGUGGCACCCGGCUGGGGGGGACGACUGGAUGCGGAAGAACCGCUGAGGCAGAACAGGAUGAACCAGGAGAUUGAGAGUGGCCAAAGCAUUGGAGGAAGCCUGGAUGGAGCCUAAGAGGAGAAACGUUUGCUGAGAGAGCAUACGGGUUAGAGUGAAAGGGUUAGAGAAUAAUUAUAAAUAUCUAUAAAUGUAUUUUAUAUAUUUUUUAUGGUGAACAGAAUCACAUUUUUUUUGUUUUCUUUCGGGGGAAAAAAACUAUAUUUGUUCAUUUUACACUGGUACUUUGACAGUGAUGGGGAUCGUGUUCAUAUGUUGUUCUUAUGUCUCAAACACUCAACUGUGGAUCUGAAACACAUGCACUGAUUUGUUUGUAUGAAAUGAAUAAAUGCUGAAACAUUUUAAGUGUUAACAUAACUUGGUUAUACUGCAACUGUGGAUACUUUGACAAAUUUGGUCAGGUCCCACUCUCUUACUGAAAUAAAAAAUAAAGGUACAUCAAUAUUUAUUUACAUAACCCCCUUAAGUGGUGAACUAAGUCAUAGUUCAGUAUUCCACACUGCUUCAUGCUGUAUUAAAGUAUCCUUCUGAGAACAUGAAUAAAGCUCUUAAAACUGC